UAUUCUUUAGGUGUACAACAUAAUGAUUUGCUGUGUGUGAAAUGAUUGCCUCACCUGGGUUAGUUAACACCCAUCACCACACAUGGUUACAAUUUUUUUUCUUAUGGCUCUUCAGCAAAAGCCCUUGUCAGUUUAAAAGAGGGAAGCUUAUCUAACACAUGGAAUGAAAAGUACAGCUCUUUACAAAAAACACCUGUUUGGAAAGGCAGGAAUACGGGCUCCGCUGUGGAGAUGCCUUUCAGAAACUCAAAACGAAGUCGACUCUUUUCUGAUGAAGAUGACAGACAGAUAAAUACAAGGUCACCCAAAAGAAACCAGAGAGUUGCGAUGGUCCCACAGAAAUUUACAGCAACAAUGUCUACACCAGAUAAGAAAGCCUCACAGAAGAUUGGUUUUCGAUUACGUAACCUACUCAAGCUUCCCAAAGCACACAAAUGGUGCAUAUAUGAAUGGUUCUACUCAAAUAUAGAUAAACCACUUUUUGAAGGUGAUAAUGACUUCUGUGUAUGCCUGAAGGAAUCCUUUCCUAAUUUAAAAACAAGAAAGUUAACAAGAGUAGAAUGGGGAAAAAUCAGGCGACUUAUGGGAAAACCACGGAGAUGUUCUUCUGCAUUUUUUGAGGAAGAGAGAUCAGCAUUAAAACAGAAACGACAGAAAAUAAGGCUGUUACAACAAAGGAAAGUUGCAGAUGUUUCCCAGUUCAAAGAUCUCCCGGAUGAAAUUCCUUUGCCCCUGGUUAUUGGAACCAAAGUUACAGCUCGAUUACGUGGUGUUCAUGAUGGUCUCUUCACGGGACAGAUAGAUGCUGUGGACACUCUGAAUGCUACUUACAGAGUAACUUUUGAUAGGGCAGGGCUUGGAACCCAUACCAUCCCUGACUAUGAAGUUCUUAGUAAUGAGCCUCACGAGACGAUGCCAAUUGCUGCCUUUGGACAAAAACAGCGGCCUUCUCGAUUCUUCAUGACUCCACCACGGUUACAUUAUACCCCUCCUCUCCAGUCACCAAUUACGGAUAAUGAUCCUUUACUAGGACAGUCACCUUGGAGAAGUAAAAUUUCUGGCUCUGACACGGAAACAUUAGGUGGUUUUCCGGUAGAAUUCCUUAUCCAAGUGACCAAAUUAUCAAAAAUUCUCAUGAUUAAAAAGGAACAUAUCAAAAAAUUAAGGGAAAUGAACACAGAAGCAGAAAAAUUGAAAUCCUAUUCCAUGCCCAUCGGCAUCGAGUUUCAGCGGAGAUAUGCAACAAUCGUCCUGGAGCUUGAGCAACUCAACAAGGACCUCAACAAAGUUUUGCACAAAGUUCAGCAGUACUGCUAUGAGCUCGCUCCAGACCAGGGCCUGCAGCCUGCGGACCAGCCCACGGAUAUGAGACGGAGGUGUGAGGAGGAAGCCCAGGAGAUCGUCCGGCACGCCAACUCCUCCACGGGACAGCCCUGUGUGGAGAACGAAAAUCUGACAGACUUAAUCUCCAGGCUUACCGCUAUUUUAUUACAAAUUAAGUGUCUGGCAGAAGGAGGAGACCUGAAUUCCUUUGAGUUCAAAUCACUUACAGAUUCAUUAAAUGAUAUCAAGAGCACAAUAGAUGCUUCUAAUAUCAGUUGCUUUCAGAAUAAUGUAGAAAUCCACGUUGCACACAUCCAGAGUGGCCUGAGCCAGAUGGGGAACCUGCACGCCUUUGCAGCCAAUGACACCCACAGAGACUGAGGAGGGGACCUCGCUGUCGCAGCCGCCUUGGACACCGCGUUUCCUUCCGCUCGGCUUCCAACACCAAAUAACCCAAGUGCUGGAAAACAAGGGAAAUGUAAUCUCCGAAUACGGCAUUUUAAUCUCCUGUACUGCUGCCUAACCAGCAUCGCUGACCAGCAGUCUAUUUAUUUGUCUUUUAUUAUUCAGCUGCAGUAGCAUCGCUUAUGUUACAUGUUUAUUCGCAAGUAUUUUUAAACUCAAACUGUCUGAACGUAAUACGGGCUCGAGGAAGUGUGUGCUGACCCUUUGUUCAACGUGCAUGAAUGCAGCCCGGCCGGCGCAGACACAGGCCUCGUGCGCGGCCAGGGGGGCGCGGGGCUCGGGCCUGGAGAUGACAGCGCAGCCCGCCAGCUCCCCACCGUCCCCGUCUCCGUCCCCGUCUCCCGCAGAGCACACCCUCGAGAGAUGGGCAGUCACGUGCGGACGAAGCCACUGGAAUAGCGAUGGGAAACACGGACUUGACAAGUAUGCGGGAUGGAUACUUGCAGUGUGACAUGGCUCUAGAGAUCAUUUUAUAAUAAUAAAUAUUUUAAUUUAUCAUAAUUUAUAAAAGAAACCUUUGUUGUUUGUCUGUUGAAAGAAAAUGAAGGAGCAGGAAAAAAAAUUACUUGCAAAAUGCUAAAUUUCAGCAAGUGAAUUUGGCAUGACUUUUCCCGUCAAUUCAGGGCAAAAAGUGCUAUUGUUAUGAGACUUAUUUAAAAAGACUGAUAACACACUAUUUUCAUAUUUUGUUUAUUUGCACAACUUUUGAACCAGAUGACUGGUUAAAAUCCAACCGUACACAAUUUAUAAAGUCAAAAGAUUUUAUAAGGAAAACAAAUAUAAUAACCAGUGCUGUGAAAUGCAGAAAAAAAGGUUUGUAUUCGGUUGUGGGGUUUUUUUGUUGUUUUUUGGUUUUUUAAAGGAAAAACCCUGCCUAAAAUGUUAAUCUUGUAAAAAGUGUGUAUUUGGAAUUUUCUUUGUUUUAAUAUAGAAUAUUAUAAAGUCAAAAUAUAAUAAAUUGUUUUCAGAUUUGGAGUUUAAGGUACAGCUGUAGAGGUGGCUUUGAUUCUUUCAGAUGUCUCAUAAAAUGGGGCUUUUUAUAUGUUAAUGUAUAAUAAAACUAAAGCGAGAUUAUUUUCCAUUUGAAAUUUUUGUAUAGUUUAAAAAUGCUUCCAUAUUCUUUGUUGGUAUUGUGCCCUGCAGAACUUUAGUGCAGAGUUUAUAUUUAGCUAAACUGUUAUGUUAAUUAAGAAAUGCAUAAAUCCUUUAUUCUUAAUAUUUGUAAUUCUAAAUAAAUUGAUCUAUGAAAAGUA